UCAUCAUGGGACGCUCCGAUGCCAGUCUCACAAUGUUCAGUCACUUGUGGACGGGGCCUGAAGAAGGUCAAGUACAACCGGAAGUGCAACAAUCCACCACCUAGCAACGGUGGUAGACCGUGCAGCGGCAUGCCACAUGUUAUUGUCCACCAAUAUUGUUACACGGGCAGGACAUGUCCUACGUCACAGGUUAACGGAGGGUGGUCGGAAUGGAAAAACGCAGUGGCCACCUCAGACUGCUCGGUGACGUGUGGGACCGGAAAUCAGAACUUCCGUGUGUCCAGAACGUGCGACAACCCGCGACCGAGCAAUGGUGGACGUCCGUGCACCGGAAGUGCGACAGCAACAGUCACCAAAGAGUGUCGCACGAACGUUAUAUGCCAGGUUGCUGUGAAUGGCGGUUGGUCUGACUGGAAGAACCCCGUACCGGUGUCUGGUUGUUCAGUGACAUGUGGGUCAGGAACGAGGAACUUACGCUUAUCCAGAACGUGCGACAACCCGCCACCGAGCAAUGGCGGACGUCAGUGUUCCGGAAGUACAACUGCAAUAGUGACUAGAACCUGCAAUACAAAUGUUGCUUGUACAGUUUUAAAGGUUGUGAAUGGCGGUUGGUCUGACUGGAAGAACCCCGUACCGGUGUCUGGUUGUUCGGUGACGUGUGGAUCAGGAACAAGGAACUUCCGCUUGUCCAGAACGUGCGACAACCCGCCACCGAGCAAUGGCGGACGUCAGUGCACCGGAAGCACAACUGCAAUAGUGACUAGAACCUGCAAUACAAACAUCGCAUGUGCAGUUGCUGUGAAUGGCGGCUGGUCCGACUGGAAGAACCCCAUAUCGGUGUCUGGUUGUUCGGUGACGUGUGGAUCAGGAACGAGGAACUUCCGCUUGUCCAGAACGUGCGACAACCCGCCACCGAGCAAUGGCGGACGUCAGUGUUCCGGAAGUACAACAUCUACUGUCACCAGAACGUGCAAUACAAACGUUGCCUGUCCAGAGGUUGUGAAUGGCGGCUGGUCUGACUGGAAGAAUCCCGUACCGGUGUCUGGUUGUUCAGUGACGUGUGGAUCAGGAACGAGGAACGUCCGCUUGUCCAGAACGUGCGACAACCCGCCACCGAGCAAUGGCGGACGUCAGUGUUCCGGAAGUACAACAUCUACUGUCACCAGAACGUGCAAUACAAACGUUGCCUGUCCAGAGGUUGUGAAUGGUGGCUGGUCUGACUGGAAGAAUCCCGUACCGGUGUCUGGUUGUUCAGUGACGUGUGGAUCAGGAACGAGGAACUUCCGCUUGUCCAGAACGUGCGACAACCCGCCACCAAGUAAUGGCGGACGUCGGUGUUCCGGAAGUACAACGUCUACUGUCACCAGAACGUGCAAUACAAACGUUGCCUGUCCAGGUUCCUGUGGACGAUCGGUGCUAGGCCUCGUGCCCACGUCAAAGAUCGUCGGAGGAGUGUCUGCCCAGGAGAAGGAGUUUCCUUGGCAGGCGGCCGUUCUCCUCAACGGCUUCCUGCAGUGUGGGGGUGUACUGAUCGACGAACUGCACGUGCUCACGGCCGGACACUGUCUAGAAAAUGGCGGCCGGGUGUCGGUGCAGCUGGGGAAGCACUACGUGGACGACGCCAAGAACGGCAACAUGCAGGUGAUCCAGGCGGCCAACUACAAACUACACGAGCAGUUCAGACAGCCCACUGGUUUACUUAACGACAUCGCAAUGAUCACCUUGGAAACGCCGGCCUCGAUAAACGACUACGUCAAGCCAAUUUGCAUCCCUGACGCCAGCAUGGUACUCAACUACAACAGAUUCGGAAUCGCAUCGGGAUUCGGACUAGAUGCCUCAUCUCAAAAUGGCGGAAGGCAGCCGAGCGAACUGAAUAAGGUCUCGUUACAAAUGUACGACAGCGAGUCAUGUAGACGGAUAUUCUCUGAAACGAUCCGUGUGGUUGGUCCAGGCGUCAUCUGCGCGUCCAAUGGAAUGGACGGAGGCAAAGAUUCUUGUCAGGGUGAUUCAGGUGGGCCGCUAAUGGCGGAUAUAAAUGGCGUGUACUUCCUGUUUGGUCUGGUUUCGACUGGUCGAGGGUGCGCGCAGCCUGGGGAAACCGGUUUCUACACCAAAGUCCACUACUACUCUGACUGGAUUAAAGCCAACUCAUAGUUCGUGCAGAUACGCAUUCCAUCUGUGCUAGCGUUUGUGAUGUAAACCCUCCAAAAACAUUCAUUCUAAAUAAAAAUGAAUAAAAAUAAUUAGGUUCGUGAAAUUGUAAAUUAUUUUAAAUAUUAAAUUCAUGAGGUAUGGUAAAUUAAACAAUAGUUUUAUUGAUAUGGAAAAAAAAGACGAAUAGGUGGUUAUUAAAAUUUAAAAUCA